AUGAAUCCAAUGGACGAGGAAGUGCCAUGUAUCGAGUCUACAUGUGACCUGAGUAGAGUUAUUUGUAAACAAUGCAAGCAAAAGGUAUGCAUACAAAGGAUUGGGGAAAAAGAUGACUACUUCCUCUAUGAAGAAACACUUAGAAUCAAAAAUAAACCAUUGUACAAAGAAAUGUUAAAAUCUGAAGAAUCAAAAAAAGGCCAAAAGCAUUUAAAUCUUAAAUCUGCUACAUGCGAUAUUAAGACUAAAAGCCAUCAACUAUCUAUUUACGAAUCAAUGACCAAAACAGAAUGUUGGGAUAUAAAUGAUAAAAAAUCCAAAGUAAUUCAUAAAGCAAUUGGUGAAAUGAUUUGUGUUGACAAUGAACCGUAUAAUUUAGUUGAACGGACAGGGUUUAAAAAACUCAUGGAAAUUGUUAAACCACAAUAUAAAGUACCUGGUCGCAAAUAUUUUACUGAUAAUAUUAUUCCAGAAAUGUAUGUUGAACUUAAAUUAAAAAUUAUGGAUAUGCUGAAGCAGGUUCAUACUGUAUCGCUUACAUCAGAUAUUUGGACAUGCAGCCACAAUAAUGAAAGUUUUUUAAGUUUUACAUGUCAUUGGAUUUCUAAUGAUAUGAUACAACAUCAUUGUGUCUUAAAUGUUAGACAUUUCUCUGAAAGACAUAUAGGCCUCGCCAUUAAAGAUACAUUAGAAAGACUUUUGCAGGAAUGGGAUUUAGAAAAAAAGAUUCAUUUAUUAGUACGAGAUAACGGAGUAAGUAUUAAAAAAGGUGUCGAUGAUGCUUCGUUAUGCAGUUCUGGUUGCUUUCUACACACUAUUCACCUACUUGUAACUGAAUCGAUAAAGAGUCAAAAAUCUGUUCAAGACUUAAUGAUUCGUGCCAGAAAAGUGUCUACUCAUUUUCACCAUUCAUCAUCUGCCACUGAUAAACUUAAGUCUAUUCAAAUUGAACUUGGCACUCACCCUAAGAAACUUAUUCAGGACAUUUGCACUAGGUGGAAUUCCAGUUUUUAUAUGUUGAAACGAUUGUUACAAUUAAAAACUGCCAUUUUAGUAUAUAUAAGUGAUGUUGAAUCAACUCUACCGACUUUUAGCCCCAAUGAUUGGUUAUUAAUGGAAUCAUUAAUACAUUUACUAAAGUCUUUUGAGGAGCUCACCAAACGUAUAAGUUCAAAUAAAUCUAUUAUUAGUGAAGUUAUACCUGCAAUUAUGAUAUUAGAUACUUUUUUGAAUCGACCUAACACUUCUCAUUUUGGAGUUGGGACUACUAAGGAUAUUAUCCUCACUCGUUUUUCAAAGCGUUUUGAAAAAAUAAUCAAAGAUGACAACCUUAUUAUAGCCACAUUUUUGGAUCCAAGUUAUAUAUCUGCAGUAGAAAAUUUGAAUGCUGGAAAUAGAGAGUCAUUAUGGGAUUUUAAUAAAGAAAUUGCAACAACAUCAAAUAUCGACCAAACUGAAGAACCUAAGUCUCUUAACUAUACAGAUUUGGAUGACUACCAUAAUUUCAAUAAGGAUCUAGUUGUGGAAUUUGAAAAAUAUUGUAAUAUGAAAUGUGUUUCGAUUGAAGAAGAUCCAUUAAGUUGGUGGAAAAUAAAUUUUGAAAGUUUUCCAUUGAUUGGAAAUAAAUUACUAUUACAAAAAUAUUUAUCAGCGCCAGCAUCCAGCGUUUAUUCUGAGAGGUCGUUCUCAGAGGCAGGAUUAGUAAAGAAGUAG